AUGACUAUUGUUUAUGACGUAAACGACGACGAUGAAAAAAAAUCAAGUGUCAAUAGCGGUGGUACGUGGAAACAAUACUUUGUCACGUUUGUCGUUAACUUGGGAGCGUUUUCCAUUGGAACCUUGCUGGGAUGGACGAGUCAAACGAUACCAAAAUUAAAACAACAACAACAAGAUGAUGAUAAUAAUAAUGGUGGUGUCGUAAAUUUAAACGAAAGCGAAUUAUCAUGGAUGGCGGGAUUAAUGCCUUUGGGUGCCGCCGCAGCUUCCGUACCUGUACCACUCUUAAUGAAAUAUUUCGGACGGAAGUUGACUCUUUUAUCAGUCGUGCCAUUUUACACGGGUGGUUUUUUUCUUCUCGCAUGGUCUCGUAAUGCUGGAAUGUUUUAUGCUGGAAGAUUUAUAACGGGUUUAUGCGGAGGAGCUUUCAGCAUAAUAUCACCGAUAUACACGGGAGAAAUUGGUGAUAAAAACAUUCGGGGAUCUCUGGGUACUUAUUACGAAUUUAUGUUGGCUGCCGGCGUGGAAUUUUCUUACGUCAUAGGCGGAAUCACUUCCGUUUUUUGGUUUAGCAUAACGUGCGGUUUAAUACCGAUACUUUUCGGUAUUAUUUUCAUUUUCGUUCCGGACUCUCCGUAUUAUUACGUUUCGAAGGGUAAAAUAAAUGAAGCAAAAAAUUCGCUGAUGUUUUUCCGGGGAAAUAAUAAUAAUAAUAAUAGCAUAGAUGUAGAAUUGAACGAUAUAAAAAGAUUCGUGAACGAAAGCAAAACGAAAAAAUUAUCAUUAAAAUUAUUUACACGUAAAGCCGCGAUAAAAAGUUUAUUGAUCGCUUUUGGUCUUAUGAUAUUUCAACAGUUUGGAGGUGCAAAUGCUGUCGUUUUUAACACCACGUUUAUUUUUAAGGAAGCGGGAACGGAUUUGGAACCGUCGAAAGCGACUAUGAUUGUCGGACUCAUGCAAUUUUUCGGUAAUUUUUUAUCAAUGUUAUUAAUUGAUAAAUUGGGAAGGAGAAUUUUAUUGAUGAUGUCGGGAGGUGCCAUGGGAACUUGUACUUUAAUAUUAGGAAUUUACUUUCACUGGAUUAUAAACGAUAAGGAUGUGAACGGUUUAAAAUGGAUUCCGUUACUUUCCCUUUGCGUUUUCAUGAUAAUGUUUUCAAUCGGUUGGGGUCCUGUUGCUUGGAUGAUGUUGGGAGAAUUGUUUCCGACGGAAAUCAAAACUGUUGCGAGUUCUUUUAGUUGUGCGACAAACUGGAUAGCUACCUUUUUAGUUACAAAGUAUUUUGGAGAAAUGAUCGAUUCGGUUGGACAAAAUUAUACAUUUUGGAUAUUUACAAUAAUAUCGUUCGUUGGUUUUUGUUUCGUUUAUUUAUUCGUACCGGAAACGAAGGGUAAAACUUUGGAGGAAGUACAAAAACAACUUAAAGGUUUGGACAACGAAGGUUUUACUAGUUCCACUUAA